ACUGUGCAGAGGCUGCAGAACUGCGGGACCUGCAUAGAUCCACAGAGAGGGAGAGAGAGAGAGAGAGAGAGUGAGAGAGAGGGUGACAGAGGAGUUCAGCGGCUGUAGCUCUCUCUCUUUACUGCUGCUUCGCACGCUGUUUGUUUUGGAUUGGCCGGGCGACGGAAUAGUUUCAAAGGUCAGAGCGGAUUCCUGCACGCCGCGCUGGAGUCGGCAGCGCAGAGCCGGACGGAGAGGACGGAGAGCGGAGCGACCGCGUAGCGCGUAGCCAGCCUGCCUUCUGCUUUUUCUGGGUCUGGAGACGUUUGGGCACCCUACUUCCCCCCCCGCGGCCGACGGGGACGGCAAUGGGACGUCACCCGACUGGAACUCCGGUCUGACCGGACUAGGGGGAUGGAUCGAGCCGGUCGCCGGUGCUGACUCUGACGGCUUGCUCUGGGAGCUGAGCAGAAACAGCUGCCUCCGUGGCUGGCUGAGGGGAGAGGGGGAGCGAGAGAGAGAGGGAGGCCUGGAUUCGGUUAAGGCCUCAGGAAUCCGUCGCUCGAGAAGCCAGGAGCCGCUGGCCAGGGACGGCGCGGUGCUGUACUGACCGGGCCCCGGCACUCUUUCCCCGGACGGCGGCAUGCGCGACUGACGGCCAUGGGGAACGUGUGCGGGUGCGUGCGGAGCCCGCGGGAGGAGCAGUGCCUCGACCCGUCCAAGGCGCCGCUCAGCCUCGAACCCGCGGGCACGCGGGAGCGGCGCGGCCGCCGCUACUUCCAGAGGAGGAGGAAGAGGAAGUCGGGCGAGUUCCAGCCCACGGACUCCCUGAGGAGCCAGAGCGGCGACAGCGUCCGGAGCGCAAGCGUAACGUGGGCAGCCCAGGAGGCGGGCGACGGGGAUGGGGUGCGUGCUGAGGCCCAGCCCGGGCCGGGGGGUACCCCAGACAGAGGGGUGUACGUGGGGAAGGUCCCCGUCUGCUCCUCGGAGCCCUCGGUGAUUGAUCCCAGGGGCGUUCGGGGGCCCUCGGACCCUCGGCCGAAGGACAGGAACGGCAGCCGGACCCCCACCGAGCACGGGCUUCACGGCGUGACUAAGGCGUCGAAAUACGUGACCCCGAAAGAGAACCUUCUGGAGAGAAGGCUGCUCCGGCUGCGCAUCCGGAGGGUGGUCAGCUUCGGGGCGGUGGAGCACAAGCUCAGGACAGUGAGGGGCAACGAGGGGGUGAGCCGCAGGUACCCCCGGUUUUUCGGGGUGCGGAGGAGGGGAAGCACAGGGGAUGUUUCGCUGGGGAAAACUACGGGGCUCCCCAAAACUGUCUGGACGACACAAGUCCACAGCAGAGAAAACAAACUACCAGAUAGCUCUGGAGACUCCAUGUCCCAGAACACCCUGGGGAAACGUUCUUCAGGACAAAGUGAUGAGAUUUCGGACGUCCACGUCCCGGGGGAGUCGGUGGACAUGACGGCCAAAGAGCGGCUCCUGCUGUGGUCCCAGCAGAUGGCGGAGGGGUACACCGGCGUCCGCUGCGACAACUUCACGUCCUCCUGGAGGGACGGAAGGCUCUUCAACGCCAUCAUCCACAAAUACAGGCCGGACCUGGUGGACAUGGGCAGGGUCUCGGCUCAAAGCAGCCGGUCCAACCUGGAGCAGGCCUUCUGCGUGGCCGAGCAGCUGGGCGUGGCCAGGCUGCUGGACCCCGAAGAUGUGGACGUGCAGUCUCCUGACGAGAAGUCGGUCAUCACGUACGUUUCAACGCUGUACGACGUCUUCCCAAAAGUGCCCGAGGGCAUGGAGGGAAUCAGCGCGAAUGACGUGGAUAUCAAGUGGGUGGAGUAUCAGAACAUGGUAAAUUACCUCAGCCAAUGGAUCAAGCACCAUGUAGCAGUCAUGUCCGACAGAACCUUUCCCAGCAACCCUGCGGAACUCAAGGCACUUUAUACACAGUAUUUACAGUUCAAGGAGAAUGAAAUCCCAAUAAAGGAAAACGAGAAGACCAAAAUCAAGCAGCUUUACAAAAUGCUUGAGGCGUGGAUCGAGUUCGGCCGAAUCCAGCUACCGCACGGCUACCACCCCAACGACGUGGAGAAGGAGUGGGGGAAGCUGAUCAUCGGCAUGCUGGAGAGGGAGAAGAGCCUGAGGCCGGAGGUGGACAGGCUAGAGAUGUUGCAGCAGAUCUCCAACAGGGUCCAACAGAACUGUGUCCUCGGGGAGGACAAGUUAGCCCUCGCUCGGGGUGCCCUGCAGGCAGAUACAAAGAGGUUGGAGUCUGGGAUUCAGUUCCAGCAUGAAGCGGAAAUCGCCGGAUACCUGUUGGAGUGCGAGCACAUCCUACGGCAGCAGGUGGUGGACAUCCAAGUUCUGCUAGACGGGAAAUUCUACCUGGCCGACCAGCUCGUUCAGAAGGUGUCCAGUCUCCGUGACGAACUCCUGACGCUGCGCGGGGAGUGCUCCUCGGUCUACAGCAAGGGGCGCACGCUGACCUCCGAGCAGACCAAGAUGAUGAUCUCGGGAAUAACGCAGAGCCUCAGCUCGGGCUUCUCCUCCAACCUCAACAUGGGGCUGACCGGUGGCGGGUUAGGGGGCGGGUUAGCGGGCGGGGGCCUGGGGGGCGGCGGCCUCACCUCCGGCCUGAGCCAGACGUGCCUGCCCCCGUCCCUCCCCUCCAUGGUGGCCCCCUCGCUGCAGCCCGCGGGCCUGCCGGCCUACAUGGGGGGCGUGGUGGGGGCCGGAGGGGCCGUGGACCCCGGGGCCCUGCAGCAGCUGAAGCUCAUCCAGAUACGCAAGCCCCUGCUCAAGUCCUCCAUGGUGGACUCCAACAUGAGCGAGGAGGAGGUCAACAUGAACUUCGUGCAGGACCUCCUCAGCUGGGUGGAGGAGAUGCAGGUGCAACUAGAUCGUGGAGAGUGGGGUUCAGAUUUGCCAAGCGUGGAAACGCAUUUAGAGAAUCACAAAAGCAUGCACAGGGCCAUCGAAGAGUUCCAGAUGAGCCUCAAAGAAGCCAAACAUAGCGAGAUCCAGAUGACUUCGCCAAUGAAACAGAACUACUCUGAGAAGCUGGGCAACCUUGAGACUCACUACGGGAAACUGCUGAACACCUCCAAGACCCGGCAGAAGAACCUGGAGAGCCUCCAUGACCUGGUGUCCCGGGCCACGCAGGAGCUCAUCUGGCUCAACGAGAAGGAGGAGGAGGAGGUGGCCUUCGACUGGAGUGACCGCAACGCCAACAUUUCCAAGAAAAGGGAUUACCACGCGGAUCUCAUGAGGGAGCUGGACGAUAAGGAGGGGGCCAUCAGGUCUGUGCAGGACAGAGCCGAGCAGCUCCUUGGAGGGAACCAUCCGGCCCGACUGACAAUUGAGGCAUACAGAGCCGCCAUGCAGACGCAGUGGAGCUGGAUCCUGCAGCUGUGCGGCUGCGUGGAGCAGCACCUGCGCGAAAACGCAGUCUAUUUCGAGUUCUUCAGCGACGCCAAAGACGCCCAGGAUUACCUGAAGGGCCUUCAGGACACCAUCCAGAGGAAGUACGGCUGCGACCGCUCCAGCAGCCUUCACAGGCUGGAGGACCUGGUGCAGGAGUCCAUGGACGAGAAGGAGCAGCUGCUUCAGUACCGCAGCAUCGUGGCGGGCCUGAUGGGCCGGGCCAAGAGCAUCGUCCAGCUGAAGCCCCGCAGCUCCGACCACCCCGUCCGCACGUCCAUCCCGGUCAGAGCCAUCUGCGACUACCGACAGAUCGAGAUAACUAUCUACAAAGAGGACGAGUGUGUUCUGGCCAACAACUCGCACAGGGCCAAGUGGAAGGUGAUCAGCCCCUCUGGGAACGAGGCCAUGGUUCCCUCCGUCUGCUUCACCGUGCCGCCCCCCAACAAGGAGGCCGUUGAGCUGGCCAGCAGGAUCGAGCAGCUGUACCAGAACGUUCUAGCCCUGUGGCAUCACUCUCACAUCAACAUGAAGAGCGUGGUGUCCUGGCACUACCUGAUGACCGACAUCAAAGCCAUCCGCAGUGCCAGCGUGUCUUCGGCCAAGACUCUGUUGCCCGGGGAACAUCAGCUGGUGCUUAGCAACCUGCAGUCUCACCUGGAGUGCUUCCUUGAGGACAGCGACGAGUCGGAGGUCUUCUCCAUGGCGGACCGCACCCAGCUGGAGAGGGAGGUGGAUGCCUGCAGGGAGUACUACGAGGAGCUGCUCCGUUCUGCGGAAAGAGAGGAACACGAGGAGUCUGUGUACAACAUCUUCAUCUCGGAGCUGCGGACCUUCCGCAUGCGCCUCGAGGGCUACGAGGAGCGCCUGCUCCGCCAGAUUCGCACCCCUCUGGACCGGGACGACCUGGAGGAGAGCAUGCGUCGCAUCGUGGACCAAGAGGCCAUGCAGAAUGAGCUGGACCGGCUGAAGGAGGAUCUGGAGGCGCUGAAGGAGAAGUGCGAGGCGUUCGUCAGCCAGGCCUCCGCCUCCCUCCUCGCUCCCACCCUCUCCUCGGAGCUCAGCGUGCUCCUCCACAGCAUGAGCCAGGUGUACUCCAUGUCCUCCGUCUACCUGGAGAAGCUGAAGUCGGUGAGCCUGGUGGUGAAGCACAGCCAGGUGGCGGAGAGCCUGGUCAAACUGUACGAGGCCAAGCUCUGCGAGGAGGACGGCGUGUGUGCCGACGGCAAGACUAUCGAGACGGUCAUGAGCAUGCUCAAGCAAUGGCGCUCGGAGAUCGAUGAGAAAAGGGAGGUCUUCCACGACCUGGAGGACGAGCUGCAGAAGGCGCGAGCCAUCAGUGACCGCAUGUUCAAGACCCACAACGAGCGCGACUUCGACCUGGACUGGCACAAGGAAAAGGCUGACCAGCUGAGCGAGCGGUGGCACAGCGUGCACGCCCAGAUCGAGAGCAGGCUGCGAGACCUGGAGGGCAUCGGGAAGUCUCUGAAGUACUACCGGGACGCGUACGGCAGCCUGGAUGAGUGGGUCAGGGAGAUGGAGGCCAACCAGCGGUCCAUGCAGGAGAACCAGCCUGAGGACAGCAAGGCUCUCGCUGAGCUGCUCAACCAGCAGAAGGUCCUGGUGUCUGAAAUCGAACAGAAGCAUGGCAGGAUUGAGGAGUGCCAGAAGUACUCAGAGCAGUACUCUGCUGCCGUGAAGGACUACGAGCUGCAGCUGAUGACCUACAGGGCCAUGGUGGACUCGCAGCACAAAUCCCCCAUCAAAAGGCGAAGAAUGCAGAGCUCAUCUGACGCCAUCCAGCAGGAGUUUAUGGACCUUCGAACCCGAUACACUGCCCUGGUGACCCUCAUGACGCAGUACGUGAAGUUCGCCAGUGAAACGCUGAAGAGGACGGAGGAGGAAGAGUCCUCCUCUGAUGAAGGUGAAUUCUGGCCUUCAGUGGAGGCGACCCGCACCCUCGAGGGGGCUCAGCGCAUGGGGAGAACAGAGAGAGAACACGUGUCAAAAAAAACCUCAGCAGAAGGGAGGGGAGAUGGACGCUUGUCCCGUUGGGAGGUCGCUGACGGACUCCCGGCUCAAGAAUCACACUUAGUUCAGCCACGGACGGACUUGCCUUUGGAAAAUCGUAGCCAAUCAGAGGAGCUGAGGAGCUCCAACUUUAGUCAUGCUCCUCCAAUCAAGGCAGGCGUUACAGAAGCCGGUGACAGUCCGGCCUCUUGGCACACACAUGCUUCCUCCCCACUAAAAGCUCCUGGGGCCACUAGUUCUGCAUCCAGAAGUGAGACAAAUUUGAGAAUGGAUCUUGAACCGUCUAAUAGCAAAGUCACACAAGUAGACAGCCCUGUAGAUGCCUGUGACAGCAUCUUACUGAUAAUUGAAGAUGGAGAUGAGGUUAGUUUCAAUCGUAGAAGUGUAAUUAUUCCUGAAAAUGAACGGCUGAAAGAUUUGGCUUGUUGCAAACCUCAUGCUAAUGAAGAAGGCUAUCUCACAGCCCUGAAUGCCAGCACACCGCAAAUUAGUACAAAUGAACUUGCUCAUACAGAGAAAACAUGUAUAGAUGAUGUAACAGAAAUGUUAGGUACUGCAGCCAGUAGUAGUAUAGCUCCUUAUUCAUCCUGUUCCUUUAACCUUGAAACUAUUGAUGAGGAUGAGCGUGAGUUUGGCCUUCUGGACAUUGCACAGUCAUAUCCCAUAGUAGGUUCUGUUGAACAUAUGAAUAUUCCUAGCACACAAAGCACUUUAUUUGAAAAGACUGAAAGAAUCACUUUGGUGUCUGACAGUCUGUCUAUGAAUCCUGGUGAUGUGCGUCAUAAGACACCAAAGAUCGAUCAAUCCCUCAUUUCUGGAGGUGAUUCUGGACGUUCACACCACACCGAAACUCCCUUGAGCCGGUCCGUUUUGGAGAGUCCGUCAGUGAAACCCAAUUCCCAUGAGCAGGGACAUUCUCCGGAAGAACCUCCAAACUUGAACGUGACGUGCGGAGAUGAAGGGUUGGACGCUUUUCUCUCAGACCCAAAUGUCAGCCCUGAUGCUAAAAUCAAGCAGCUCUUAAUUAAAUUAAAGGCCCUCGAAAGUAAUCAAGCCAAGAAUCGAUGCCCAGAGCACUUACAAAUGCCUGCAGACCAGCUGAGACUGGGGAAUGACCAACAACAAAAGGCUAUCGAAGAGAAAUCUAUAGAGGAGGAGAAGAAAGAGCAUGGUGACAAAGUUAGCAAAUUGUUAGGCUGGAUGUCAAGUGUGAAAACAAGCCUAAGCAAAGAAGACAAGUGCCUGACAGACGGCAAGCACAGCCCCGAGUCCGCUAGUAAGCCCCAGAUUUCAAUGGAGGAACUCGCAACAAAGAAGGAACAGAUUGCUGAAGCCUUGAGGACAACCCAGCUGUUGUUAACUAAACACAGUGACAAGAUGACUGAGAAUGAGAAGCAGGAAGCCAAGGAGCAGCUGAAAUCUCUACACCAGGCGUACAGCGAGCUGUCCCAGCAGUGUGCUGAUCAGACUCCAACAGCCCAACAGGAGUACCAGACCAUUGAAGGUGUACUGGAGGUCGAGAGUGGGAAGGUUUACUCUGUGUGCCGCUCAGUGCAGGGCGGGCUCAUAGACCAGACCACCGGACUCAGUCUCCUGGAAGCCCAGCUGAUCACUUCCAGGCUGAUUUUGCCUGAGUUCAGAAUGUGCCUGGAUUUGGACGAUGCCUUCAAGCACAAUCUGGUAGACGAACCCACCUACUGGCAGCUACAGGAUCUAAACGAGGCGCACAAGUGCAUCGUGGGUGAGCGGUUUGCCUCCGAACCUCUGCCUGUGAUUGCCGCCCUCAGGGAAGGUGCGGUCUCGGAACGCUUGGCCAUGAAGGUGAUUGAGAUCCAGCUGGCGACGGGGGGGCUGAGGCUGACAUACACCGGGGACGUCCUGAACCUGGAAAAGGCCUUCCAGUGCGGUCUGAUCCCAGCCUCGUUGUUCAUUCGGAUCCUGGAGAGACAGAACAACUGGAAGGACCUGAUUGACCCCAACACGGCCGAGAAGGUCUCGCUCGUCCAGCUGGUGCAAAGGAGCCUCGUUCACGAAGAGACGGGUCUGCGGCUGCUGCCAGUGAAGAAGGGACGCGAAGGCACCAUAUCCCUGAAGUCCGGGAGGGAGAUCAGCAUCCUUAGGGCAGUCCACGAGGGCCUGAUUGACCGGGAGACCAUGUUCCGUCUCCUAGGGGCUCAGCUGUUUGCUGGUGGCAUCGUGGACCCUAAAACGGGCCGUAAACUCACGGUUGAAGAGGCCUUGGCGGAGGGCUUUAUCGACCAGGACACUGCAAGUGGGGUGCUUAGCCAUCAGGCACAAAAUGGUGGCAUUGUCAAUCCCCGCAAUGGUGAGAGGCUGACAGUGGACGAGGCUGUCCAGUGUGAUUUAAUGAGCUCCAGCAGCGCUCUCUUAGUUCUGGAAAGACAAAAGGGCUUCAUGGGGCUCGUCUGGCCCCAGUCCGGUGAGAUCCUGACCGUGACCGCUUCCCUCCAGCAUGAAAUAAUCACAGAGCAGUUUGCCUACAAGCUGCUGAGCAACCGGCAGAAGAUGGCUGCUUUCUACAUACCAGAAAACUCAGAGGUAAUUGAUAUUGACUCUGCUGCAAAGGAGGGUUAUAUUGACAGAUACACUGCUGAUGUUUUGAAGACUAUCGAGAUACCAGAUGUGUUCCCUGACAUCGACGAGCUGAACCUUAGGUUUUCCACGUGGCUUUCGCUGAGGGAGCUACAGAUCGAAGGAUCUCAUCGAUCUGUGGAAGACCUGGCAAUAGAUGAGAAGUGCAUAAACAGUCCAUCGCCUACAGAGGCAAAGCAGCUGUUCAUCUCAUAUCUCAUGAUGAACAGCUACAUGGACCCUAAAUCAGGGCAAAGGCUUUUAAUAUUUGAUGGACAGUUAAACAAAAUAACACAACUUUUUAUGGAGCGUAUUGUAGAUUCAGGCCACGAUCCUGAGCAUGACACCUCAUCCUGUGCCACCUCCUCCUUUAUUGACAUACCUCUAAAUGAAGAUGAUGUUGAGAAGGCAGAUAGUGAAAAUCUUCACUUUGACAGAUGUACGGAAGGUGCAGAACAUCAGCACCGUAAAGAUGUUGAAAGAGUGCCGGAAGAUCAAUGUGCAAAGACCUUUCUUUCAGAAGGGUAUCAUGUUCACGGCAAAGAAUACGAAGCAGACGAGAACAAAGAGAGAUCGCAAACAAGUUGUAAAAUAGCUGGUAAGCGGAAGAGCGGUGAAAAAAAAUCUGUGAGGUUUGAUUUCGAAUUAAAUAUUCCACCUGAAAGCUGGCUUGAGAAGCACGAAGGCAGAAUCUCUCCUCCUGAUCAAAUAACACAUGGUUUAGAAGAUGAAACCUCAGGUGACUCUGUAGAUUCGUAUCUCCACCCUAAAGGGAGCAACGCUGCAAGCCGCCCCUCCCGGCCAGUGGUGAGAAACGUCACAUCCCCGCCACUGAACAUGGAGAUAUCCAGUGGUACAGACUCCAGCAUGGUAUCUGGAGACAGAGUUUCCAGCGAUCCUAAUCCACAGCCAUCUAGCGUGUCACAAUACCUCAUGAGCACGAAAGACACCACCGAGAUCACAACCUUGCCAGUGAAAUCGAGACAAACCACAGAGAACCGUGCGGAAGGCCUGCACCCAGAGGGGCUCUGGUGGGACAAAGAGGAACGGGAAAAUGCAGUCCUCCUCCUGAAGUCCCAGAUAGAAGAAGGUGGUAUCCUAGAUGUGACUUCUGGCAAGCGGUACGAUCUUGACGCCGCCCUCGAGAAAGGGCUCGUGGACGAAGAGAUCGCAUUUGAGGUCCUGUCCUCGCAGUUCCCGGAACAGGCCGUUUCCAGUGAACAACCCGCUGGCACCAUUUUAACCCUGAGAGAGGCAUCAGCAAUGCGCUCAAUUUCACCUUUGACUGCGCUGCGCAUCAUGGAGAGGCAGAACCUCUUGGGGGGGUUUUACGACUCAGAGUCUGGGAGUACCAUCAGCAUUAGUGAGGCUCUGGAACAGGGUUUCCUCACUGAUGAUUUAGCUGAGAAAGUUCUCAACUCACCUCCAGUUCAGGGUGACAUCAUUGGCUCAGAUGGUAGCCCCAUAAGUAGACGUGCUGAAGCUAUAAACCUAAAACCUUCAGAAAAUGUCACUGCUCAGCGCCUGCUAGAAGACCAAACUGUUUCAGAUGGUCAGGCUGGCAACAAACUGGGUGGAAAGAAGGUGGCAACCAUGACAUUUGACCUAACAGAUGGUAAACCUUGUGAAAACCGAACAGAGACUCAAGGUGAGGGCAGAGAAAAAGAUCUAAGUUUGCUGGGAAACACAAAGCAGUUGAGUGAGUUCUUAGACUCUUCUCCAUCUUUAGCCCCCAUUAGCCAUAGAUCUGUUGAUAUACAGAUGGUUCCCUCUCUGGAAAUAGAGGGAGGACCCAUCUAUAAAGUAGCCAAUUCCUCUGUGCCAGAUAAAGAAUACAGAAGACAGGGCUGCACUGAUGUGAGUUUGCUGGGUGAAGAUGCAGGUAGACACGCUGUCAUUGAUAAGAGCUUGUCUGGUGAAGAUUAUAGUAGACAAGGCUUAACUGAUACAAGCUUGUCUAGUGAAUAUGUUUGUGGAAAAGGCUUCAUUAAUGUGGACUUGUCUGAUGAACAUGGUAGACAGGGUAUUGUUAAUGUGAGCUCGUCUGCUAAAGACACUAAUGGACAAAGUUUCUCUGAUGUGAGCCUGUCUGAUAUAGAUGCUGGUAGACAAACUGUCAUUGAUGUGAACUUCUCUGAUGAAGAUGGUCACAAACAAGACUUCACUGAUGUGAGCUUGUCUGGUAAAGAUGCUGGUAAGCAAGCUGUUAUUGAUAAGAGCUUGCCUGGUAAAGAUGCUGGUAGACAGGUUGUUAUUGAUAAGAGCAUGUCUGGUAAAGAUGCUGGUAGACAGGCUGUUGUUGAUAAGAGCUUGUCUGUUAAAGAUGCUGGUAGACAGGCUGUAGUUGGUGUGAGCUUGCCUGGUAAAGAUGCUGGUAGACAGGCUGUUGUUGAUAUGAGCUUGUCUGAUAAAGAUGCUGGUAGACAGGCUGUUGUUGAUGUGAGCUUGUCUGAUAAAGAUGCUGAUAGACAGGCUGUUGUUGAUGUGAGCUUGUCUGGUAAAGAUUCUGGUAGACAAGCUGUUGUUGAUAUUAGCUUGUCUGAUAAAGAUGCUGGUAGACAGGCUGUUGUUGAUGUGAGCUUGUCUGAUAAAGAUGCUGACAGACAGGCUGUUGUUGAUAAGAGGUUGUCUGAUAAAGAUGCUGGUAGACAGGCUGUUGUUGAUGCGUGCUUGUCUGGUAAAUAUUCUGGUAGACAGGCUGUUGUUGAUAAGAGGUUGUCUGGUAAAGAUGCUGGUAGACAGGCUGUUGUUGAUAAGAGCUUGUCUGGUAAAGAUGCUGGUAGACAGGCUGUUGUUGAUGUGAGCUUCUCUGGUGAAGAUGGUCGCAAACAAGACUUCACUGAUGUGAGCUUGUCUGAGAAAGAUGCUGGUAGACAGGCUGUUGUUGAUGUGAGCUUGUCUGGUAAAGAUGCUGGUAGACAGGCUGUUGUUGAUGUGAGCUUGUCUGGUAAAGAUGCUGGUAGACAGGCUGUUGUUGAUGUGAGCUUGUCUGGUAAAGAUGCUGGUAGACAGGCUGUUGUUGAUGUGAGCUUGUCUGGUAAAGAUGCUGGUAGACAGGCUGUUGUUGAUGUGAGCUUGUCUGAUAAAGAUGCUGGUAGACAGGCUGUUAUUGAUAAGAGCUUGCCUGAUAAAGAUGCUGGUAGACAGGUUGUUGUUGAUAAGAGCUUGUCUGAUAAAGAUGCAGGUAGACAGGCUGUUAUUGAUAAGAGCUUGCCUGAUAAAGAUGCUGGUAGACAGGCUGUUGUUGAUAAGAGCAUGUCUGGGAAAGAUGCUGGUAGACAGGCUGUUAUUGAUAAGAGCUUGCCUGAUAAAGAUGCUGGUAGACAGGUUGUUGUUGAUAUGAGCUUGUCAGGUAAAGAUGCUGGUAGGCACGCUGAGGUUGAUAAGAGCAUGUCUGGGAAAGAUGCUGGUAGACAGGCUGUUAUUGAUAAGAGCUUGCCUGAUAAAGAUGCUGGUAGACAGGCUGUUAUUGAUAAGAGCUUGCCUGAUAAAGAUGCUGGUAGACAGGCUGUUGUUGAUAAGAGCUUGCCUGAUAAAGAUGCUGGUAGACAGGCUGUUGUUGAUAAGAGCUUGCCUGAUAAAGAUGCUGGUAGACAGGUUGUUGUUGAUAAGAGCUUGUCUGAUAAAGAUGCUGGUAGACAGGUUGUUGUUGAUAUGAGCUUGUCAGGUAAAGAUGCUGGUAGGCACGCUGAGGUUGAUAAGAGCAUGUCUGGGAAAGAUGCUGGUAGGCAGGCUGAGGUUGAUAAGAGCAUGUCUGGGAAAGAUGCUGGUAGGCAGGCUGAGGUUGAUGUGAGCUUGUCUGAUAAAGAUGCAGGUAGACAGACUGUUAUUGAUAAGAGCUUGCCUGAUAAAGAUGCUGGUAGACAGGCUGUUGUUGAUAAGAGCUUGCCUGAUAAAGAUGCUGGUAGACAGGCUGUUGUUGAUAAGAGCUUGUCAGGUAAAGAUGCUGGUAGGCACGCUGAGGUUGAUGUGAGCUUGUGUGGUGAAGAUGCUAAUCAACAGGCUGUGGUUGAUGUGAGCUUAUCUGGUAAAGAUACUGGUAGACAGGCUGUUGUUGAUGUGAGCUUGUCUGAUAAAGAUGCUGGUAGACAGGCUGUUGUUGAUGUGAGCUUGUCUGGUAAAGAUGCUGGUAGACAGGCUGUUGUUGAUGUGAGCUUGUCUGAAGAUCCUAGUAGGCAAGACAUUCAUGUGAGCUCAGAUGGGAAAGACUCUAGCAGACAGAAUGUUGUUGAUGGAUCAUUUGAAUCAAGAAGUUCCAUUUGUGAAGACAUUGUAUCUGACAAGAGUUCAGAUUUACUUUCAUUGAGCCACAAGGAGGUUUCUAAAGAGGGAAAUGAACCCCUAAGGCAGCCAGCAACAGAUAACUGCUCACUUAGCACGACCAGCUGUCCAUCUCCUAAACCAGUCAGCAUAAUGUCAAGUGACAGACAGGCUGCAAUAGCACAUUUAGGGCCUGACAAGAAUGAAAGUCUAGUUCAGAGGGAUUUGAUGCCCAACUUGCCCAACAGUGAGAAGAAAGCAGAAUGUUUCCCAAAAGCAGUUGAUAAGCAUGAUGUGCUUAGAGAUGAAUCUGAACCAAUAAUUAAUGCUCCACCAUCACUGGGGUCUGUCGGUCAAAUAAACUGCCUUGUAACAGGCGGAAAAGGUUAUGAUCACCCAGCUGAGACUUCUUCAAAGAGUAUAAACUUGUUUCUACCACCAGAAAAUGUGGUUUCGGCACAGCAGAGACUAAACAUUGAGGAGGAAUUUAGUGCAGCUGGCCUUUCUCGUGACACAGCAUUUUGUGAAAAAGGGCAAAAUCAAAGAGAGGACACCUGGCAGGAAGAGAUCUGUCUGAUUGGCUCUAUCAAGGAUGACCAAUCAGAAAGGCACAAAAAUGGAAUACAACUGGAAAGAUCUCAUAAUACUGGAAAAGGACAACUUUCUUUAGAGCAAAAUGUCUUUGAAGAAAGGUCUGUUAGAACAUCAAGUCUGACAUGGCCAUCUGAGCCAUCUAUGUCCAAUUUACAUGAAGCCGAUAUGAGCUGUACCACUGACAGCGGGCACAAUGGGAGCAAGAGAAAAGAAUCAUUUAUGGAGUACAUUCCACCAAAGUUUGCUCAUGUUCCAGAGUGUCACCAGAGAGAAAGUCCCAGUGCCACUCCACUGGCUUGUGAACAGCCACAAAUUUCACCCGCUGGAACCUGUGAAGGGGAGAUGCACAAAAUGACUGGUUUUAAGCCAGAUUCAGGUGGGUUCGAGGGGUCAGCUGGUGGGAUCAGCGGGUCAGUCUCUGAAACCACCAAACCCUCGGAUGUCAUGGUAAGCCAGAGGAAUGUGCCUGUGCCACCACCGCCAGCUCUUUACAGUGCAUUAAGGGACAGGCUGGACCAGCUAGUGAUGAUGAAGGUGGAGGGGGUGCAUGGUGACAGCUUGCGGCAAGUGGAAAUGCAAGCCUUAGAAGACAUCAUGGGAAUGGUGCAGAACGUCCCAGAAGAGCAGUUCCAGAACCUUGGGAGUGUCGGUGACACUGGCACUGCUGUUCAGAAGAAGGAUCUUCCACCCAGGCACAUUGACAGCACAAGCCCCGACCUGCUUAUAGACCUGCUAAAACAAGAGAGUCAGCGUUCAGACACAAGAAAGCAGCUUGGUGGCCAGGGAGAGGGAGAAGAGUCUUUUGAGGUAAAACAUACAGAAGGAAACCUGCCGGCUGAUGUCCAGCAGAUCCAGUGUCAACUGCUGCAGAUUGUUCAGCUCAUCUCCUCGGCCGGUGAUCCCGCCAUACUCAAAGAUGCCCUCCGAAAUCUCGGUGGCAUUCUGGGUAGCGAUUCCUCUGAGAACCAGAGCCAGAAGACAAAAGGUGCUGAGAAAGGGGACUCAGUUUGUGCUGCCGAAGGUGGAGGGGACCCUGGCAGCCACCUGGACCAACAGGUAGAGCUCACCUCCCACCCUCAAACUCAGGAUGCUAACACAGAGGACCUGAACAGUGGUGAAAGCCAGUCCAAACCACAGUACACCACUCAGAAUUAUCUGGAAUGUGUUGGCCGACUUCAGGAUCACGCUGAUUUAAUUGAGGAGAUGAAAAAUGACCUGGAGGCCCAGUGCCUUUUAAGCAAUGGCAUUGAGGGGCUGCAGAGCCAGCUGGAGGAAAAUAAGUCACUUGAGACACAGCUUGCCGCCCUGGCUGCCACGCUAACCGCCGACCUUGACGCGGCCGAGCAGCUGCUGGAGGCCGCUGACGAGCACGUUCCCACGCAGAUUUACCGAGACCUGGCGGCGGUUUCUAAAGACCUGCCGCGGGCCUUCUCUGACGUUCGCAAAAUGUCCACGGAGAAGGGCGGCGCCAUAGCGCAGGCCCUAGAAGCUGAAAAGGCACAUUUAGAGCUGUCCUAUCAAGACCUUUUGGGCUGUCUCCAGGAAGUCUCAGCAUAUGUUUAUGACAUUUCUGAGACUGUCUCCAGCCUGGAUAUCACAAACACCGAUGACCUGGAUACAGUAAAGCACAGGAUUGAGCAAAAUAAGGAGAUGGAGAAAGGCCUGUCUCACACGCAGCACCAGCUGGAGAACACCGCCUUCGAGGUUCAGUACUUCAUAUCUGAGCACGCUCAGACCCUGAGCCCCGCCCACAGCAAGCAGCUCCUGCUGGCUCUCACCGCCACCCAGAGGGCAUUCAGGGAACUGAUGGAGAAGGUCUCCACCCAGAGGAGCACUCUGGAACUGCACCUGGAGAUCAGAGAGGAGCAGAGGCAGCAGAAGAGUGCGGUGGAGAAGCAGAGGGAGUACUCGGAGAAGCUGCAGGAGCUCUGCGACAGCCUGACGCAGACGGAGAACCGCCUCAUCGGCCACCAGCAGCUGGUCUCCGGGGGAGACGGGGUGGAGGACCUGCAGCAGUACCAGAAGGAGCACCAGGCCUUGCAGAAGGACGUCCAGGCUAAUGCCAAUGCCCUGACUGAGGUCCUCAGCAGCACCAAGAAGUUCCUGGAGGAGAACCGCAGCAAACUGCAACCAGAGCAGGUGGCUGCCAUCGAGAGCCAGCUGGAGGAGGCCAAAGCCAAGGCCAGGCUGCUCAGCCAGCGCGCCGAUGAUUCUGGGAAAGAACUGGAGAAAGUGCUGACCACAGCCAUCAAACAGGAAACCGAGAAGGUGGCGGCCGUGGAGCAGCUGGAAGAGAGCAAGAACAAGAUCGAAGGCCUGCUGGACUGGAUCUCCAACAUCGGGAAGGACCGAGAGAAGGAGAGCGACCCCACGGACCGGACGAGCAGUCAGAACGGGAACGGGCCGCUGGACACCUCGCCCCAAGGCAUCGUGGGAGGACAGGACGACAACAACGGGAACUCGCUGUCGACACUGGACAACAUCAGCGCUGUGGACGGCAACAGCAAGGACACACACGAGCUGGACCUGGACGAGCAGUACAACCGAAUAAAGGCGCGGCACCAGGAGGUCCUGUCCCAGCAGCAGGAGCUGAUCAUGGCCACGCAGUCGGCCCAGGCCCUGCUGGACCGGCAGGCUCACGCCCUGUCCCCGGAGGAGCGGGACAAGCUGCAGCGGGACGUCCAGGAGCUGCGCGGGCGCUACGACAGCGAGCUGGCGCAGGCCGAGCUGCAGGCCAAGCGCGCGCAGUCGCUGCGGGAGGAGCUGCGCAAGUUCCGGGGCGACUGCGGCGAGUUCGAGGCCUGGCUGGGCGAGGCCGAGGGCGAGGCGGGACUCCUGGGGGCCCCCGCCGGGCGGCUGGACGUCCUGGCCGACAGGCUGGAGCGCCAGAGGGCCUUCGCCGAGGACGUGAUCUCGCACAAGGGCGACCUGCGCUUCGUCACCGCCGCGGGGCAGCGGACGCUGGACGCCGCCAAGGCCUGCGGCGGCCCGGGCGACCCCGCCGACCGCCACCCGCAGACGGACAUCGACACGUCCGGCGUCUGCGCCGCCGUGAAGGACAGGCUGGCUAACGCGGCCGACCGCUACAAGGCCGUCCACUCCCAGUGCACCCUGCUGGGCGGCAGCCUGAAGGAAGUGGUGGAGAAGUACAGGAAGUUCCAGGACGGCGCUGGGGGCCUGCAAACCUGGCUUGGCGGCUCGGAGAAGGAGGCCGCACGGCAGGAGGCGGAGCCUAUCGCGGCCGACCCCCAGACCCUGCAGAAACAGCUGGAGGAGACCAAGGCCCUGCUGGAUGAGACCUCUCGACGACAGGCCGCUGUGGACUCGCUGCGCAAGACAGCCGACGCCCUGAUCACAGCAGAGGGAGACCUCCUGACCAAUCAGGAUGAGAUCCUGGAGACCGUGGACGACGUGGCGGAGCGGUACGAGGGCCUGUCGAAGUCCGUGGGCGCGCGGCACGAGCGGCUGCAGGUGACGCUGACGCGUUCGCUCAGCGUGCAGGACGGCCUGGACGAGGCCGCGCGCUGGAUGGACGGCGUGGAGGAGAGCCUUCGGCGGCAGGACCCCGUCCCCCUCGCCUCCGCCGCCAUCGGGGACGCGCUCAGCAAGGAGGCGGCUCUGGAGCAGGACAUGUCGAGCCGGCAGAGCAGCAUGGCCGCCAUGACGGCGAAGCUGAGGACGUUCGCGGAAACGGCGGAUCCCUCCGCGGCCUCCUCCCUGCAGGCCAAGAUGGACGCCCUUUCCCGCCGCUUCUCGGACGCCUCGGCCAAGCACAAGGAGAAGGUGGCGCGGCUGGAGCGUUUGAGGGACAAGGUGGAGCUCUACGAGAAGACCUCCGAGAAGGUCCAGCAGUUCGUGGCUAAGCGCUCGCGGGACCUGUCCGAGACGGAGGGCCCGGGGAAGAACGUGGACGAGCUCUCCCAGCUGAUGCAGGACACGAACACAGAGCUGUCGGAGCAGGCCAAAGAGAUGGAGCUGCUGCAGAGGCUCUCCAAAGAGCUGUGCGAGGAGGGCUCGGAGUCCGACAGGGCCCAGGUGCAGGGCAGGACCGACAGCCUGGCCAACAGCUUCAGGGCCUUCACAGACACCGUGAAAGAGAGGGAGGAGGAGGUGUCCUCGUGCCAGGACCAGCUGGCGGAGUUCCGGGCGGCCGCGGACGCCCUCAGGCAGUGGCUGGACGACUCGGCGGAUAAGGUCCCCUCCGUGCCGGCCUCCUGCGGAGAGCAGAACCUGGCCAAGGCCCUGCAGAGAGUCAACGCCUUGAUGGACGAGUGGACCGCCAAAGGAACUGAUGUUCAGGACAUUAACACCAAAGGGUCCUCUCUGUGCAGCCUCAUCAGCGUCCUGACCUCUCCUGCCAAAACCAAGCUGUCCCGCAGAGGAUCAGCUGUCACUAAUGGAUCAGGUCCUGGAGCUCACGCCUACCUGACCAACAAAGAGCUGAUGCUGGUGCAGCAGAGCAUGUCGUACAUCAACGAGGGGUACGAGGCCCUGGGGGAGCGGCUGAAGGGGCGGGCCGGGGAGCUGGACUCCGCCUCGCGGAAGGUUCGAGAGGCGCGGGAGGAGGCCGACACCCUGGCCGGAUGGCUGCGGGACAUGAAGAACACCCUGGCGUCCUGGGGCCCCGUUUCCACGGAGACGGGCUCCAUGAAAACCCAAAUGGAGAAGCAGAAGGCGUUUGAGGAGAGUCUGGCCCAGAAGCAGGGUCAGUUGGAGAAGCUGAGGGCGAAGCUGCAGGAGCUCAUAGAGCUGUACCCCGAGUCCCCCGAGGCUGCGGUGUGGAAGCAGACCCUGGAGCAGAUAGAUAAGGUGUGGGCAGAGCUGCAGGGCUCAGCGGAGGAGAGGAAGUCCCAGCUGGAGAAGUCGUCUCAGCACAUGACGCAGUUCCAGACGGCCGAGGCCCAGCUGCACCAGUGGCUGUCGGAGAAGGAGCUGAUGAUGAGUGUGCUGGGGCCGCUGUCCGUCGACCCCAACAUGCUCAACGCUCAGAAGCAGCAGGUCCAGAUCCUGCUGAACGAGUUUGACGGCCGCAGGCCGCAGUACGAGCAGAUGAACCAGGCCGCCCGGGCCAUCCUGAGCCAGCCGGGCGAGGCCGACCCGUCCCUGGCGGGCCUGCGGGAGCAGCAGGCGGCCGUGACCCGCAAGUGGGAGGGGCUGACGGGGCAGCUGGGCCAGCGCUCGGAGCGCAUCGACCAGGCGUCGGGGAAGACCGCGCGCUUCCAGGGCCUUCUGAGGGGGCUGGCCGACAGCACGGCCGACCUGGAGGCCCGCCUCCUCGGCCGGCCGGCCCCCGGCUCCCAGCCCGACGCCGUCAAGCGGCAGCUGGAGGCGGCCAAUGAGGUGUCGGCGCAGCUGCGGGAGGAGAGGAAGAAGCUGGCGGAGGCGGAGUCUCUGUGCGCGGAGCUCUCGGCCCUGGUGGAGGAGGAGUACCUGAAGGCUGACCUGUCCCGGCAGCUGGAGACCGUCGCCAAGCCCUUCAAACAGCUGGAGGGGAGAGCGAGCCAGCGGAUAGAGGAGCUGAACUCGGCCUUCGCCAGCUCCCAGCACUUCCAGCAGAUGUCCAAGGACUUCCAGGGGUGGCUGGAGCAGAGGAGGCAGGAGGCCUGCGUCCCCAGGCCGGUGUGGGCCCGCUCGGAGGCCCUGCGGAAGAGCCUGGAGGAGCAGGAGGCUCUCCUGAAAGAGCUGGGGGAGCGGGAGGAGCCGUACCAGGCCAUCGUGCGGGAGGGGGAGGGGCUUCUGCGAAACACGGAGGGGGCGGAGCGGGCGGCGCUGGAGGGCCAGCUCUCCGCCCUGCGCUCCGGCUGGGAGGAGGUGAGGGGGAGCGCGGGCGAGCGGGGGGAGGCGCUGAGGCGCGCCCUGCAGGGGGCGCUGCGCUUCGAGGAGCAGGCCCAGAGGCUGGGGGCCUGGGCGGACGAGUGCCGGGCCCGGCUGGGCGGGGUCAGGCUGGGCGUGGACCCGGCGCUGGCCGAGAGCUCCGCCUCCCAGGCCAAGGUCCUCCAGCGGGACGUGGACAAGCACCGGGGGCUGGUGGAGCUGCUCAACAGCGCCGCCGACGGGCUGCUGGAGGCGGCCACCGCCGGGCGGGAGGAGGUGCGGGAGGAGGCAGCCGCCAUGGGCCGGAGGCUGGACUCCAUCUCGGAGGAGCUGCAGCAGAAGAAGGAGGCGCUGGAGACCCUGGCCCAGGGGGUGCGGGAGUUCGGCGACACCCGCAAGGAGGCGGAGGCCCAGCUGGAGGGGGCCAGGAGGCAGAUGGAGGCGCAGGCCGGCCUGGGCGCCCAGCUGUACAGCAACAAGAACCUGGCCAACGUGAAGGCCCAGCAGCGGACCCUGGCCGGCCUGCAGGCCCAGGUGGACCACCUGAAGAGCGCCGCCCAGGGGCUGGUGGUGGCCGUGCCGGAGGCUGAGGGCGUGACCGACCUCCUCCUGCAGGCCGACGCCCUGGAGAAGGACUACGGCGCGGUCCGGCGGGCGGUGGAGGAGCAGUGCGCCGCCCUGGAGGCCAAGCAGCAGGGGGUGGGCCGCUUCCAGAACGGCAUCCGCGAGAUGUUCGCCCGCUUCGCCGACCUGGACGACGAGCUGGACGGCAUGGAGCCGGCGGCCCGCGACCGGGCCGCCCUGCGGGCGCAGCGGGACGCCGCCGGGGCCUUCCUGGCCAAGCUCGGGGGCCUGUCGGCCGACGUGGCAGACGCCGCAGCCCGCUGCCGGGAGAUGCUGGAGUCGGAGGCCUCGCCGGACCUGCCGGGCCUCAGAAGGGACCUGGAGACGCUCGGCAAGCAGUGCGGCAAGCUGACGGACCGCGCCCGGGCCCGGGCGGAGCUGGUGGAGGGCACCCUGGCCCGCGUGGACGAGCUCUACGCCAAGCUCCAGCGGUUCGCCGACAGGCUGGGCGGGGCCGAGGAGGGGGAGGAGUCCCAGGGGCCCGUCGGCAUGGAGACGGAGGUCAUCAACCAGCAGCUGGAAACCUUUAAGGUCUUCCAGAAGGAAGAGAUCGAGCCGCUUCAGGCCAUCCUCCAGGACCUCAACUGGCUGGGUCAGGGUCUCAUCCAGAGCGCGGCCAAAAACACCAGCACCGAGAGCCUGGAGCGGGACCUGGAGAACGUCAGCGCCAGAUGGAACACGCUCAACAAAAAGAUCGCCGAGCGCUCAGCCCAGCUGCACGAAGCGCUGUUGCAUUGUGGGAGGUUUCAGGAUGCACUGGAGUCCCUGCUCAGCUGGCUGACGGACACAGAAGAGCUGGUAGCCAAUCAAAAGCCCCCGUCAGCUGAGUUCAAAGUUGUCAAGGCCCAGAUUCAAGAACAGAAACUCCUCCAGCGGCUCUUGGAGGACCGCAGGCCCACGGUGGAGCUCAUUAAGAAGGAGGGGGGUAAGAUGUCUGAGCUGGCUGAGCCCGCCGACAGGGAGAAGGUUGUGAAGGAGAUCAGUGGCCUGGGAGAGAGGUGGGACGCCCUGCUGACGAAGGCUGAAGCCAGACACAAGCAGCUGGAGAGCACCCUGGGCGUGGCGCAGCAGUUCCAUGAGACCCUGGAGCCCCUGUCUGAUUGGCUGAGCGCCACCGAGAAGCGGCUGGCCCACGCCGAGCCCAUCGGCACCCAGACCAAGAAGCUGGAGGAGCAGAUCUCCCAGCACAAGUCCCUGGAGGCCGAGGUGGCGGGUCGCGGUAAGGACCUGCAGCGGGCCGUGAGCCUGGGCCAGGCCCUGGGCUGCCUGAGCUCGGCGGACGACAGGGAGCUGGUGCGGGCGCGGCUGGACGCCUUGCAGGCGGGCUACGCGGAGCUCCAGGACCGCAGCCGGCGGCGGGCGGAGAUGCUGAGGCAGGCGCGCGCCAACGCGCGGCUCUUCGGCGAGGACGAGGUGGCGCUCAUGACCUGGCUGAGCGAGGCGCGGGCCCGGCUGGCCGAGGCGUCCGUGCACGACUACCGGACCGACGUGCUGGAGAAGCAGCGGGCCGAGCAGCUGGCUCUUCAUGAGGACAUUGAGCUCAAGCGGCAGAAUGUGGACCAGGCCGUCUUCAACGGCAUGGAGCUGCUCAAGCAAACUACAGGUGACGAGGUGGUGGUGAUCCAAGGGAAGCUGGAUGGAAUUAAAUCCAGGUAUGCAGAGAUCACCUCCAUGAGCGCCAAGGUGUCCGCCACCCUGGAGAAGGCCCUGUCCCUGGCCAGCCGGCUCCAGAGCACCCACGAGGACCUGAACCAGUGGCUGGACGGGGUGGAGGCCCAGCUGGAGGCCUACCAGGCACAGGCUCCUGUGGGAGAGCAGCUGGCCCAGAUGCAGGAGAGGCAGAAGGAGCUCCUGAAGGAGGUGCGGGAGCGGCGGGCGCAGGUGGACGGGCUGAACGAGGUGAGCAGCGGCCUGCUGGAGCUGGUGCCCUGGCGGGUCCGCGAGGGCCUGGACAAGCUGGUGAGCGAGGACAACGAGCGCUACAAGAUGGCCGCAGACACCGUGGCCCAGCACGUCACCCAGAUCGACGCCGCCAUCCUGAAAUCGCAACAGUUCGAGCAGGCGGCCGACGCGGAGCUGGCCUGGCUGGCGGAGGCGGAGAGGAAGAUGGCGGCUCUGGGGCCGAUCCGGCUGGAGCAGAACGAGACCGUGGCCCAGCUCCAGGCUCAGAAGGUCUUCUCCAUGGACAUCCUCAGACACAAGGACACCGUGGACGACAUUGUGAGGACGGGCGAGGCCAUCGUGAAGAGCAAAGACGAGGAGGAAAAACAAGCCUUACAGGCGAAGAUCGGGGCGCUCCUGGAGAAGUACGGCGCGGUGAGCCAGCUGAACUCGGAGCGCUGCCUGCAGCUGGAGCGCGCUCAGUCGCUGGCCGCCCAGUUCUGGGAGACGUACGAGGAGCUGUGGCCCUGGCUCCAGGAGACCCGCUCCGGAUUCGGCCAGCUUCCGCCGCCCGCCAUCGAGUACGACGCGCUGAGGCAGCAGCAGGAGGAGCUGCGGCAAAUGCGGGAGCUGAUAGCCGAGCACAAGCCCCACAUCGACAAGAUGAACAAGACGGGCCCCCAGCUGCUGGAGCUGAGCCCGCAGGAGGGGCAGGCCGUGCUGGAGAAGUACACCAGCGCCGACCAGCUCUACGCCCAGCUGAAGGCCGACGUCAAGCAGAGGGCCGCCACGCUGGACGAGGCCCUCUCCAAGUCCACCCAGUUCCACGAUAAGAUCGACCCCAUGCUGGAGUCCCUGGAGCGCAUGGUGGAGCGUCUGCGCCAGCCGCCCUCCAUCAGCGUGGAGGUGGAGAAGAUCCGCGAGCAGGUCUCGGAGAACAAGGGUGUGUCCGUGGACCUGGAGAAGCUGCAGCCGAGCUACGAGACGCUGAAGCAGCGCGGCCAGGAGAUGAUCGCUCGCUCCGAGGGGGCCGACAAGGACAUAUCAGCCAAAGCGGUCCAGGACAAGCUGGACCUCAUGGUGUUCCUGUGGAGCGACAUCCAGGCUCUGCUGGAGGAGAGGGAGGCCAAGCUGCUGGACGUGAUGGACCUGGCCGAGAAGUUCUGGUGCGACCACGGCGCUCUCAUGGUCACCAUCAAGGACACCCAGGACCUCCUGAGGGAGAUGGAGGGGCCGGGGGUGGACCCCUCUGUGGUCAAACAGCAGCAGGAGACCGUGGAGAAUUUUAAGGAGGAGAUUGACGGGCUCCAAUACGAGCUUGACGUGGUUCAGAACCUGGGGGCGGAGCUUAUGGCCUCCUGUGGGGAGCCUGACAAACCCGUGAUCAAGAAGAGUAUCGAUGAGGUGAACUCGGCCUGGGAGACUCUGGAUAAGACCUGGAAGGAGCGGGUGGACCGGCUGGAGGAGGCCAUGCAGACCGCCGUGCAGUUCCAGGAUGGGCUUCAGGGCAUGUUCGACUGGCUGGACAUCGUCGAGAGCAAGCUGGACUCCAUGUCACCCGUGGGCACCGACCUGGAGACCGUCAAACAGCAAAUCGAAGAGCUCAAGGAGUUUAAGGGCGAGGCCUACCAGCUGCAGAUUGAGAUGGAGCGACUCAACCACCAGGGAGGGCUGCUCCUGAAGAAGGCGGUGGAGGAAGCGGACAGGAGCGCCAUCCAGGAGCCCCUCUCCGAAUUGAAGAUGCUCUGGGACAACCUGGACGAGAAGACCAUCAACAGACAGCACAAGCUAGAGGGCGCUCUGCUGGCUCUGGGGCAGUUCCAGCACGCCCUGGACGAGCUGCUCACCUGGCUGACCCACACCGAGGAGCUGCUCAACGAACAGCGCAAGGCUGGCGGCGACCCCAAGGCCAUCGAGAUCGAGCUGGCCAAACACCACGUGCUGCAGAACGAUGUGCUGGCCCAUAAGAGCACGGUGGAGGCAGUGAACAAGGCGGGCAGUGACCUGAUGGAGUCCAGCGCGGGCGAGGAGGCCAGCAGCCUGCAGGGCAAGCUGGAGAACCUCAACCAGCGCUGGCAGAACAUUCUGGAGAAGACCAAACUCAGGAGGCAGCAUCUGGACAGCGCCCUGCUCCAGGCCCAAGGUUUCCACGGCGAGAUCGAGGACAUGCAGCAGUGGCUGAAAGACACGGAGCGGCAGCUGCUGGCGUCGAAGGCGGUGGGGGGCUUACCGGAGACGGCCCGGGAGCAGCUCAGCGCCCAUCUGGAGUUAUGCAGUGUGUUCCAGGCCAAGGAGGAGCUGUACCAGGACUUGAUGGGGCGGGGCCAGAAACUCCUGGCCGUCGUUCACGGGGGUCAGGACGCCAACACCGAGCAGGACCUCCGAAACCUGCAGGAGAAGUGGGAGAGCGUGCAAGCCAAGCUGGAGGAGAGAAAGGUGAAAAUGGAGGAGGCCCUGACCCUGGCCACCGAGUUCCACAACUCCCUGCAGGACUUCAUCAACUGGCUGACCCAGGCUGAGCAGACCCUCACCAUGGCCUCCCCCGCCUCUCUCAUACUGGAGACCGUCAUGUUCCAGAUCGACGAGCACAAGGUGUUCGUGACGGAGGUGAACUCGCACCGCGAGCAGGUGAUGGAGCUGGACAAGACGGGGACGCACCUGAAGUACUUCAGCCAGAAGCAGGACGUGGUGCUGAUCAAGAACCUGCUGAUCAGCGUGCAGAGCCGCUGGGAGAAGGUGGUGCAGCGGUCGGUGGAGAGGGGCCGCGUCCUGGACGACGCCCGCAAGCGCGCCAAGCAGUUCAACGAAACCUGGAGCAAGUUGAGCGAGUGGCUGGAGGAGUCGGAGAGGGCCCUGGACUCGGAGCUGGAGAUCGCCAACGAGCCGGACAAGAUCAAGGCGCAGCUGACCCAGCACAAGGAGUUCCAGAAAGCCCUGGGGAGCAAGCACUCGGUGUACGACACCACCAGCCGCACGGGCCGCGCCCUGAAGGACAAGACCUCCCUGGAGGACGACCACCAGCGGCUGGACGACAUGCUGAGCGAGCUGCGCGACAAGUGGGACACCGUGUGCGGCAAGUCCGUGGAGAGGCAAAACAAGCUGGAGGAGGCGCUGCUGUUCUCGGGCCAGUUCAGCGACGCCCUCCAGGCCCUCAUCGAUUGGCUGUACCGGGUGGAGCCCCAGCUGGCCGACGACCAGCCGGUGCACGGCGACAUCGACCUGGUGCUCAACCUCAUCGACAGCCACAAGGUCUUCCAGAAGGAGUUGGGGAAGAGGACAGGAAGCGUGCAGGCACUGAAGCGCUCGGCGCGGGAGCUGAUCGAGAACAGACACGACGACUCUUCCUGGGUCAAAGUUCAGAUGCAGGAGCUGAGCACGCGCUGGGAGACGGUGUGCGCCCUCUCCGUUUCCAAACAGACGCGGCUGGAGCAGGCCCUGUGCCAGGCAGAGGAGUUCCACUCCACCGUGCACAUCCUGCUGGAAUGGCUGGCUGAGGCCGAGCAGAGCCUGCGUUUCCAUGGUGCCCUGCCCGACGACGAGGAAGCCCUGAGGGUGCUCAUCGAGCAGCACAAGGAGUUCAUGAAGAAGCUGGAGGAGAAGCGGGGUGCUCUCACCAAAGCCACCAACAUGGGGGAGGCCAUCCUGACCAUCUGUCACCCUGACUCCAUCACCACCAUCAAGCACUGGAACACCAUCAUCAAGGCGCGGUUCGAAGAGGUCCAGGCGUGGGCGCGGCAGCACCUGCACAGGCUGGGCGGGGCCCUGGAAGAGCUCCUGGCCACGCUGGACCUCCUGGAGAACCUACUGGGCUGGCUGCAGUGGGCCGAGACCACCCUGAACCAGAAGGACAAGGACGCCCUGCCCCAGGAGAUCGAGGAAGUCAAGGCCCUCAUCGCCGAACACCAGACGUUCAUGGAGGAAAUGACCAGGAAGCAGCCCGACGUGGACAAAAUCACCAAGACGCACAAGAGGAAGGCCACGACCGAGCCCCCCGUCCAGUCUCACAUCCCCAUCCUGGAGAAAGGGCGCCCAGCCAGGAAGCGGUCUCCCACGCAGGGCAUGUAUCAAGCGGCCGCCCAGCCACCCAUCGAGACGAAGAACCCGCGGGUCAACCUGCUGGUCAGCAAGUGGCAGCAGGUCUGGCUCCUGGCCCUGGACAGACGGCGGAAGCUCAACGACGCCCUGGACCGCCUGGAGGAGCUGAAAGAAUUCGCCAACUUUGACUUUGACGUGUGGAGGAAGCGCUACAUGCGCUGGAUGAACCACAAGAAGUCUCGGGUCAUGGACUUCUUCCGCCGCAUCGACAAGGACCAGGAUGGCAAGGUCACCCGCCAGGAGUUCAUCGACGGCAUCCUGUCCUCCAAGUUCCCGACCAGUCGCCUGGAAAUGAGCGCGGUGGCGGACAUCUUCGACCGCGACGGAGACGGCUACAUCGACUACUACGAGUUUGUCGCUGCUCUCCACCCCAACAAGGACGCGUACAAGCCGCUUACGGACGCCGACAAAAUCGAAGACGAGGUGACUCGCCAAGUGGCCAAAUGCAAAUGUCCCAAACGAUUCCAGGUGGAGCAAAUCGGCGCCAACAAAUAUAGGUUCUACCUUGGAAACCAGUUCGGAGACUCCCAGCAGCUGCGGCUGGUGCGUAUUCUGCGCAGCACGGUCAUGGUCCGGGUCGGAGGCGGCUGGAUGGCGCUCGACGAGUUCCUGGUGAAGAACGACCCCUGCAGAGUUCACCACCACGGGAGUAAAAUGUUGCGCUCGGAAUCAAACUCCUCGAUUACUCAGUCUCCGAUAGGUUGGCAACUCUCACACUUUCUCUCGCUGCUCCAUCCUGGUGCGAAAGGACGCACCAACAUGGAGCUGCGGGAGAAGUUCAUUCUCCCAGAAGGCACCACCCAGGUCAUGGCCAGCUUCCGCUACCGGGGCUGGAGGUCACGACCCUCGUCCCGCGCCGCCUCCCCGAACCGGUCCAACUCCAGCCUGAGCUGCCCCGCCCAUCAGAUCCCAGCCGCCAGCAGUACACCCAAGACAUCCCAACAUUUGACCCGCAAUUAUGAUAAACCCUGGCUGACAAACAGCAAACCCUGCAGUCCGUUAAAGACCUCCGACUCCUUUGAAAGCCAGGGGUCGUCCUCAGAGACCACGCCCAUACAGGGCAGCAAGCUCCGCCUCCCCGGCUAUCUUUCGGGGAAGGGGUUCCAGUCCGGAGAGGAGGGUGCCCUCAUAUCAGCCGCGGUGACCAAAGCCAGGUCACAUGUCGUAGAGCCCAAGACGACCCCCAGCCGGCCCGGAAGCAAAGCUGGCAGCCGCGGGAGCAGCCGGAGGGGCAGCGACGCCUCCGACUUCGACAUCUCCGACAUCCAGUCGGUGUGCUCUGACACGUCCGAGGCCCCGCCCGAGUCCGCGCGCGAGAGAGCCCGCCCCUCGCUCCGCGCGCGCGGCGGCAAACCCUCCAAAAUCCCCACGCCCCAGAGGAGGCCCCCGCCCGCUAGCAAACCGGCAAAGGCCUCCAAGAGAUAGUCAGGGGGGGCCCGUCGCCACGCCCCCGGCCAAUCAGGCGCGGGGACUACAUGUGCGUUCGUCAUCUUAAGAAACGUCAUGAGAUGUAAAAUAUUCUGUAGGAAAAAAAAGAAAAGAUCGUUUUAAUAUCGAGCGAGGUUGGAAUGCCGAUGGCCUUGUGUAAUCGUCUUGUAUUUUAUUUCUUGUGAAUAAUGUUAUCAGAUUAUUAUUGUUAUUAUUUUAUUUUAUUUUACUGAUGCCAUACCUGGAAAGGUUCGCGAAAUUAAAAAAAAAAAAAAAAAAAAAGAAGUGAUGGAAAGACUUUGCGUUGUAAGAUAAACUAACGGUUUAACACACUUAUGUAACAGUAACACUGUGUUUUGAUUGGUUGGGAAGGGUUGCUGAAUGUACUGUCGAUUUCUGGAAACUGACCUGCGAUGUGGAGUUAAAAGCAUAUCACUGUACUCUGGAGCGGAAGAAACUGUUAUUUGUAUAUAAAUAUUUAAAGUGCAAUGAAGCGCUGCCAAAAUGCAUUUAAAAUGGCAAUACAUUAACACUAAAUGCCGAACACUAUGUUUCUAGCCUAAUUUAAACUGCGAAAGCAAGGAACUCAAUACUGCAGAUAAUUAAAUUAUUAUUCAAGAACAAGGCCUUGAACUCUUAGCUAUUUAACCUCAGCACCUGCAAUUAGUGUUAUGUUUGAUUAUCUUACAGCGAUGUGUGCCAUUUAAGUUGGAGAGGCGCCAUUCUGGCUCCUGCUAGUCAACAUUCUAAAGUGCAUUCAUGUCUGUGUAUGGUUCAUUUUGCUAGAGUGGAUGGGAAACGCUGUAACUCCUUUUUGUAAUAAACAUGCUUGCGGAAAGCUACGAUGGCAAACUGAA